AUGAGUUUUAUUAAGGUUAAUAAUAUAUCUUCUAUACGAUGCGACGAUUGUAAUGAAGAAUUCAAUUCUUCAAACGUAUAUUACAUUCACAAACAAAAUGCACAUACUCUGGAAGCGGUAAUUAGCAUAAAAGAUAACGAAUAUAAAACAAAGAAUGGCUUUAAGACUCAUGUAUCCAAAUGUCCAAUUGUGUCUAACGUGAAGUUCAAGGAGCCCAUCAUACUAAAGGACAAAAAUGAUGAGGGAUAUGCUUUGCUAGGAAAUCAAGAAAUAGUAUGGCAUGUAAUCUUAACCUGGACUGGUUUAUUUAUGAAAAUUAUAAAUACUACUGUUGCCUUUUACUGGCUGGUGCUGUAUUACCUGACGGAAAAAAAAGGUAUUUUUAUCAAGACCAUCGAGGUGUAUGGACAUACAUCUUUGGUCGACCCAUACCACGAACGAUUUAUAAAUGGAAAAGAAGCAACCACAACGACCCUCCCAUCUUCAACAGAUUUGAUAUACAAUGGUGUAUUUGUAACUGUAAAAAAAGAAGAUAGCUCCAGAAAACUUAUUAUUGCCACCAAAUUAAUGAAUGCUUUAGUAACAAGUUCCAUCAGAAUUGAUCAGAAAGUACUACCUGACGAUGGGAGCUCCACAUUGCAGUUCAUGCCAUCUACAAAUACCAGGAUAUAUAUCCUAUCAUCACAAUUGUACAAUGCCGAAAAGGUGUGCAAUAAAAUAGAAGAGCUACGGACAAGGUGUAACACCGGAAGGAUGAAAGAAUUCUUGGGACAUGUCGUUGCAGAAUAUUUUAAUGGCAAUGGCGAUCUGAUCUUGAGUGAAAACAAAACUUUGAAGCAAUAUUUACAAGGGAUCUCCAGUGAAUUAUCAAGUACAAUCAAUACAAUGAACAAGCACACAGCUGGAAGAAUACUUGAAGUGUUCAAAGGAGAAACAUUGAAUACUGUCAGCUGCAAAUCUGAAAUUAAUCUCAUAAUGAAGCACUGUGUUUCACUUAUUAAAGUUCUUGUUCAUUAUUUGCAAACAAGAUACAAUAGGAAUACUCUAUCAUUUAAAGUGGAUAACAUAUGCCCUGCUCCUUGUAUUUGA